GUACUGAUGAUUAUAAGUCUACGAUGUCGUUUUGGCAAUUUGGUUUUGCCUUGCGUUAUCUACGGUGUCGUUUUGGAAAUUUGGUUUUGCCUUGCGUUAUCUACGGUGUCGUUUUGGAAAUUUGGUUUCGCCUUGCAUAUCCGUCGGCAGUUACUCUUCUUCCUUUUUUUCCCUCUAUUUUCCGCUCCUGCAAAUUAAAACCAGUGUUUUCCAUUCGUCACAAACAAUUAACAAUACGCAGAAGAACAUAUUCUUUGCUAAAGUGCCGUUUCUUUUCAUCCUUCUCAUCCCUCUUCUGCUGAUCGAAGUAGGAGGAGAGAACAAUAACGAAGAUAGGAAAGAAACGUGCAGAGGACAGAGGAACUGCAGAGAGGACGAUAGAAACAGAGAGCAUGGGGCGGAGACUACGAGACAGAACGAGAAGCAAAGAAAGAUAGAUAGAGAGGCAGAAGCAAAGAAAGAAAGAUGGAACAUUCUGGGAUUUUCUGGUUUUCUGGAAGAGUACACUAAAAGCGAGACGGUGAGGGUGUGGAGAAAUCAGCGGAAAAAUCGCAAAGAAAAAGAAAAGGAAACAGAGAGGGUUAGGGCUCCGGGAUUCAAUAGAAAAGAAGAAUAGAAGAAAAUAGAUAGAAGGUCGGGAACAACAAAUCGAAAGCAAGAAGUAGUAUACGAAUAGUAGUCUGGAAUCGGGGAGCCGAAAAUAAAAUGGAAAGAAAGUGAGGUCAGGAUAGAAAAAAAGAGGAGAAGUUCUUUGCGGCUUUGCUUCAUUUGAUCCUUCGAUUUGCACGACUUUUCUGUUUGGAAGUUUCUGUACAGCGGAUAUCUGAUUAUCAAAUUUAACUGUUGGAAAUUACCAAGUUCUAUGCAACUUCACAGCACUCAGAAACACAUAAAAUCUAUCUUCUACCGGACAUUUAGUUAAUUUUUCCUGGAUGAUUCGGCUGACUUGAUGGGCAACGUAAUUAGCUCAUUCUUUUCGAGUUUAAUUGACUCAAUCGGCAAACUUUUUGGUUCCCCACUUGAUUUUCUUUCAGGGAAGUCCUGCAGUACGGUUUGCAGCUCACAAUGGGACCUUAUUUGUUACAUCGAGAACUUCUGUGUUGCCAAUCUGUUCAAGAUGGGAAUGGUACUUAUCCUAUGCUAUAUCGUUCUGUUAUUCAUUUAUUUAUCAUAUAAACUGGGCAUUUGCCACUGCAUUGGCCAUAGCAUUUGCAAAAUGAUUUGGGGAAGCAUCAAGUGUUGGUUCUCUGCCUGGGAGUACUGUUGCACUUUCUUAUGUGUUGAGCUUAUGAGCGUUAGAAGGAAAAGGCGUCGUAGGUACAGAAGAGAAAUGGAAGAUGGAUUCUACACAAGUGACAUUGAAUAUAACGACAGAAGCUUUUCAUAUCACACGCCUAGACAUAUAGAGCAAAGUAGUAGAUCAUGGAGAUCAUCUAGGCGGCGGAGGAAUUAUAAAGGAAUUCGUUUAAGGAGAUCUUUGAGGCCGAGAAGUGUCGGAAUUCAAGCAGGGUCUAACAGAGAUUCAGUUUAUGGUUGCAAAAGGAAUCUCGGGUUGCACAGAAACCAUGCAAGCAAAGAUCACGAGCUCAAGGUGAGGAGGACAUCAAAGUUUGUUCAGAAGAGGUACAAAUUGUAGGAGAAGCCAAAGUUUGCCAAUGGAUUAGUACUCUUAUGUCCAUUUGGUUCAAUUUAAUUCUUACUUGUUUCCCAUUUAAGGAAUUAUAUAAAAUUUUCAGGUCCGGUUAAGGGUGUGAUUAGUAUUCUUGUAUAUGAAAUUCCUUUAUCCAAUGAAUUUGUUAUUGA